GUACAGAUGGCUCUGAUGAAAUGUGAUGUAUUGAUGUGUCUUGUCUAAUAAGGUGCUUAAUCAUCUCCUUCUGAUUAUUAUUUUUGUUUUAUUGUUUAAAGUAAAUUCGAUUGUUGCAUCCUCUUGUCCGGCGUUUAGAUCAUCGAAUUUUACUUUUUCCUAUUUUCCAUUCAAAUCAACCUGUCAACCAUGAGUGUUCGCAUAAUCAAAGACGAUAAUCAUUUCCAAUCAGAAUUGUCGGGAGCGGGAAAACAUCUGAUUGUUGUUGAUUUUACUGCUACUUGGUGCGGUCCGUGUCAGAAAAUCGCUCCGCAUUUUGAGCAAUUUCCGAAAAAGUAUCCGCAAGUGAUUUUUCUCAAGGUCGAUGUUGAUAGGUGCCAGGAAACGGCAGUGGCACAAGGUGUAAAGGCUAUGCCCACAUUUGUGUUCUAUCGAAAUAAGAGCGAAAUCGAUCGCCUGCAAGGAGCUGAUAUGGAUGGUUUGGUAUCAAAAAUAGAAAAAAACAUCGGCCCUAAUGAUCAGAAUGUGUCCACGUUUUCGGGGAAAGGUCAUACUCUUGGCGCACCAGUUGCUGGUCCACAAGAAAGUAAUCCGGCUGACAAUGAACUGAAUGAAAGAUUUGCUAGUGAAAUUAUCCAUUUGGAUUCAAGUAAGCCGACCACUUCAAUUCAUAUCCGAUUGUCCGAUGGGAGUCGUCUGGCUGGUAAAUUUAAUGUAACUCAUAGCGUCGCUGAUAUACGAUUAUUCGUGACAACUGCACGACCGCAAUAUGCUUCGAAAGCAUUUUCACUGCUGACAACAUUCCCGAAUAAAGAACUUGUCGAUGCGGAAACAAUCCAAAGUGCUGGAAUUUUGAACGCCACCAUUACGCAGAGGCUUAAGUAGAAAACCUUCUGCCUUGUCGAUAUUCCACUAAUUUCGAUUUCGUUGAAGGCCAAUUAACAUUUCCACUUAGUUCAUUGCAAUUUGUUAAGAAAAUGGUUUCUCUGUUUCAUCGAUGUCAAUGCGAAAUUGCAUCGAAUUGUGAAUCAAGUUUCCAGAUUUAAAAUUCAUUUUUGUGCACGGUUUUUCGUUUAGCGUCUUUUGUUACAAUUUUGCGGAGAUUGAGGAACAUUUUGAUGUAAACAUAGAGUUAAGGGAUGUAAAUAAAUAUUUCAAUUAUUCAAUA